UCCACAUUCACAGCACAGAGCGAUUACGCACCAUAUUUCUAUGACAAUGGGCCCCAGAGUAACAACGGUAAUCUGGCAUUGUUCAGUCUUUCAGAGGACACGCCAAAGGGAACACAUAUAUAUGUUCUGAAUGGAACUGAUCCAGAGGGACAGCCCGUAAGAUAUGGCCUGGGCUUUGAUCCAGGAUCUAAAGAAUACUUUAGUGUUGAUCCCAUAUCUGGGAUAGUUACUCUGGUAGAGGAACUUGACAGAGAGAUACAGGAUGAGAUUGGGGUCCUUGUCAGUAUUUCUGAUGACUUUAAUAAAGUAGUAGAAAAAGUGAGGGUGUUUGUGAUGGAUGCCAAUGAUGAGGAGCCACAGUUUCAGAACCUGCCCUCCAUUGUGGACGUGCCAGAGAGCACACCCUCUGGGAGCAGUAUAUUUAAAGUGCAGGCUGUGGAUAGAGAUACAGGCUCAGGUGGAUCUGUCACCUACUUUCUUCAAAGCACUGGCCCAAACACUAAGUUUGCUAUUGACCGCCACAGUGGAGUGUUAAGGAUAAAAGUGGGUGAGGCUCUAGACUAUGAGAGAGUGAGGACACAUUUUGUUACUGUGGUGGCAAAGGAUGGAGGCGGAAGUUAUAAUGGAAGGGAACAGGUGAUGUCAUCGUCUGCUACCUUGACAAUUAAUGUGAUUGACAGUCAGGACACUCCUCCCAGUUUUGUUGGUACACCAUACUUUGGCUACGUCUAUGAAGUCUCUUCACCUGGAUCUGAAAUAUUCACUGUUUUUGCCCAAGAUGGAGAUGUAGAAACUCCUAAUCCAAUUAUUUAUUCUCUUGAAAGUGGAGCUGAUGGUGUAUUUAGCAUCAACAAAACAAGUGGCUGCAUCACUCUCCUAGCCUAUCCAGAUAAUUUAAGAAAGGAAAUGUUUAAUAUCAAGGUCAAGGCUUCAGAGGUGAAUUCACAGGGAAGUGUCAUGGACUUUGCUAUCACCACUGUAACUAUUCGAGUAAUGGACCUGAACAACCACCCCCCUACCUUUUAUGGUGAGAAUGGCCCACAGGACACCUUUGAGUUGACCAUGUAUGAACAUCCUCCAGAGGGAGAGAUAUUGAGGGGCUUGAGGAUUACAGUCAAUGACUCAGACCAGGGCGCAAAUGCAAAGUUCAACCUAAGGCUGGUGGGACCAGGUCAUAUGUUACGAGUGGUCCCACAGACUGUCCUUAAUGAAGCUCAAGUCACUUUAUUAGUAGAAGACUCCACUGCAAUAGACUAUGAGAAAUUCCAGUUUCUGACAUUCAAGAUUCUUGCAGUGGAAAUUGAUACCCCCGAGAGAUUCAGUGCCACCGCAGAUAUAGUCAUACACUUGCUUGACACUAACGAUAACGCUCCAAGAUUCUCCUCUGAUUUCUAUAUUGCACGAGUCCCAGAGAACUCACCUGGUGGCUCCAAUGUUGUGUCUGUGACAGCUAAGGAUCCAGACUCUGGUUUGUGGGGUGUUGUCAAAUACUCCAUCCAUGGCUCAGGAUCAGAUCUCUUCUUCAUCCAGUCAGAUUCAGGGAUCAUCUACACCCAGCCCUGGGCCAGUCUGGACGCUGAGGUGAAGUCCAAGUACAAUUUCUUCAUUAAGGCUGAGGACACAGAGGGAAAAUACAGCCUUGCUGAAGUUUUUGUCACAGUUCUGGACCUCAAUGAUCAUCGACCAGAGUUCAAUGAGAAUAUUUUAGAGAAAACAAUGAUCAUUGGCGCACCAGUGAAAAUAGAGGCAAUAGAUGAUGAUGCAGAGGAGCCAAACAAUGUUAUUGAGUAUUCAAUCAUGAAAGCAGAACCGGACAAUAUAUUUGACAUCAAUGCAGACACAGGAGAGAUCAGAUUGAAGCCCUACAUCAAGUCAAUGGACAUAGUGCAAAACAUCACAAAUCAGAAAGACUGCACGUGGUCUGUGGUGGUCCAGGCCAGAGACAGAGGCUCCCCGUCUUUCAGUACAACCACACUUGUGAAAAUUGAUAUCACAGAAGCGACUCGACUCAAUGGCCCAUUGCCAUCCUUUUUAAUGAAAAGUCGAGAAAAUCCCAUGCAAAUCCUUGGCAUGAUCGCAGCUGUCAUUAUAGCUUUGGUUUUUGUGACUGUCUUGAUCUCUACGGCUAUUUUCAUGCGUAAUAAAAAGUCUAACAAGGUCUUGCCUUCUCGACGGAUCAUCAGAAGAAAACUUAGGCAACACAAGCAGUGGAACUUCCAUAAUCCCUUCAAACAACAGAACAAUAGUGAAAGGUUCAUGAAAGAAUCUGAGGUCCCAGAGAAUGUCAACUGUAACAAUAACAAUGUGUGUGUGCAUCACUCCCUACCUCUGCCACCUCCACUGCCAGGCUAUUCCAGACUCGGAGAGCGACCUUGGGCAGUAUCAUCCGUCUCUGCAACAGUGGCAAAGAGGAAUAAACAGAGCCACGUCAACACAGCGCUGGUUUCUGAGCUCAAAUUAAGACUUCAGCAGAAGAAAUUGAUGAACCAAUGCUAGUGCUUUGAGUAUAUGUGUAUAUUUGAGAUGUGCACAUUUGUACACACUCUACACUAAUGUUCAGUGGGGAUGUAAGAAGUGUGUAAAUUUUGCCAAUCAUCUGGUCAUAUAUCAUAUGAUAUGAGAAAUACAUGACUUACUUGUCCUAAGGACAAGAUCUCAGCCUAUAUUUCUGUUUCACUGCCAAUCAUAUGAGCCAAUUAGUUUUUAACGCUAUGUAAGUUGGUAGCAGGCUCCCACCAAACUAAUCUGCCAUUUAUUGUAAAAAAUAAAAUAAAAUAAAAUAAAAUACCUUACUUGAAAUUCUACUGAAUUUUAUGAUAGGCAGAUUUGAUCAGAAGUUGAGUCUUCUGGUUUCUUUAUCUUUUGGAUUAUAACAAGAUUGGUUAAAUUGUCACAAUGCCAAAUUAUUUCCAGUGAAUUGUUGUUUUUCCAUACUUUGAUAUUUUGAUCAUUUUAUUAUUUCCAAAUAUUCUAGAUAGUUUUCUAGUUAUUGUAUGCAUUCAGGACAGUUUUGAUAGACAAUAAUUUACAAAAUGGUUUUGUCACUCACACAAUGUUAUUUUAUAUACAUAUAGUUGACAAAUUAAAGGGAAAAAACAACUUAAUGUGUCUUAGUAUGGUGUUGGGCCAUCAUGAGCUGAACAACAUCCAUGUACUUUGGCAUUGAUUCUGCAAAUCCCUGGGACUGUACAGGACCAUUCUUCUUAAAGAUAUUCUCUCAGGUGUUUUGAUGAUGAUGGUGGAGAACACUGUCUAAAACAAUGCUCCAAAAUCCCCUAGGUGUUCAAUUUGGUUGAGAUCUGGUGACUUUGAUGGCAAUAGUAUAUGUGUUACAUCAUUUUCAUGCUCAUCAAACCAAUCAGUGAGACCUCAUGCCCUGUGGAUAGGACAUUAGAAGAGACCACUCCCAUCAGGAUACAAAUGUUUCAUCAUAGGACAAAGGUGAUCAGUCCAAAGAACUUUGAAUUGAUUUGCAGUAACCCUUCCCUCCAAGGGAUAAAAUUUCCUAAUUUUCUCCUGCCAUUGUUAAUCAUGUGGCUAACAAAAAGGAAUCUUUAUUAUACAGUACAUGCUAUAUGUUGUUUAUACAACUAUCUGUA